GUACCUUUAGCCCAGUUCAGAGUUCAGUCUGAGCAAGGACAAGAACAGAGGCGAAACAGCUGCGAGGAACCGUGUUUUCUGAUCCUGAGCAGUGACGUCUUCCAGCUUGAACUGAAUAAGAUGGACCAUGAAGUGGCAGAUUUCCCCAGUGGUCCACUGGAUGAAUACAGGAAAAAAGCUUCCUUCAACUGGAAGGACAUGCUUCGUUUCAUAGAUGGAGAGGAAAUUAUCCAGUUCAAGCAACACAUCUUUACGACGCUGGAGAAUGAUCCUCUGUUUGCUCGGCGUCCUGGAGAGGACGUGCCCAUCGAGAAGAAGAGAGAGCUGACCUUUCUCAGGGCAAAGCAGCUGUUUCGCUACAACUUUAUGACAUUGGAAGAGACCAUGGCCAACCCCUGGAAGGCUGUGGCCCUAGAAGACUGUCUGGGCAUGUACGACUGGGCCUUGGUUGCUAAGUUCUUCCUCAACAAAGGGAUGUUUGGAGCAACCAUCGCGAAUGCAGGAUCAACUAGACACAGGAAAUAUGUUGAAAGCACUGAAGACAUGACGACAUAUGGAUGCUUUGCACUGACGGAGUUGAGCCAUGGCAGCAACACCAGAGCCAUGAGGACCACAGCCACGUAUGACCCAUCCACUCAGGAGUUUGUGAUCAACUCUCCAGAUUUUGAGGCAGCCAAGUUCUGGGUAGGAAACCUGGGUAAGACCGCCACCCACGCUGUGGUGUUUGCCCAGCUCUUCACACCGGACCAGGUUUGCCACGGACUGCACUCCUUCGUCGUCCCGGUCAGAGAUCCUAAAACCCUGCUGGCUCUACCUGGUGUGCUAGUUGGAGACAUGGGGAAGAAGUUGGGUCAGAAUGGCCUGGAUAACGGUUUUGCAUUGUUUCACAAUGUGAGAAUCCCACGAGAGAACCUACUGAAUCGGACGGGAGAUGUUACUCCUGAUGGCCGCUAUGUGACACCAUUUAAGGAUCCAAACAAGCGUUUUGCAUCGUCUCUGGGUGCCCUUUCAGGCGGCAGGGUGUUCAUCAGCAGGAUGGCUCUCAUCAACAUGAAACUGGCUCUGACGGUGGCCAUACGCUUCUCAGCCACCAGACGACAGUUUGGACCCAAAGAUACAGAGGAGGUUCCCGUUCUGGAGUACCAGUUGCAGCAGUGGCGUCUGAUCCCCUACCUAGCAGCAGCAUAUGCUCUGGAAAACUUUACCAAAUCCACCUUCAUGAACUUUGUUGAGUUCCAAGCCGGACAGAUGAUGAAGGACAACAGCAUCAGACAGGCAGAGAUGGGCAGAGAGAUCCACGCUUUGGGCUGCUCCAGCAAACCCCUGGGCUCUUGGACCGCUCAAAGGGCGAUCCAGGAGUGUAGGGAGGCCUGUGGUGGACAUGGAUACCUGGCCAUGAGCCGGCUGGGUGAUCUACGAGAUGACAACGACCCAAACUGCACAUAUGAAGGAGACAACAACGUGUUGCUGCAACAGACCAGCAACUAUCUGCUCAGCUGGUUCCACAGCAAAGUCCAUGAUGAUGUUCGGAUCGAGUCUCCUCUUCACACUGUGGAUUUCUUGGAUGAUUUCAAGCAAAUCCUGAAAAGCAGUUUUUCAGCAACGACACAUGGAGAGUGUGUGGACCCAGAAGUGCCACUGGCAGCCUAUAGAUGGCUGGUCUGCUUCCUGCUGGAGGAGAGUCAGAAGAGACUGGAACAAGAGAGGGCCUUGGGCAACAAUGAGUUUGAGGCUCGGAACAACACCCAGGUGUACUAUUGCAGGUCUUUGGCCAUCACCUACAUUGAACUCAACUGUCUCCAGAGAUUUCAUGAUCUGGCUGCUGAUAAGGACACACCAGCUGGUCUAAAGCCAGUCCUAAUAAAGCUGUGUGCUCUGUAUGGGCUGUGGAGCCUCAGCAGCCACAUGGCCACAUUGUACCAGGGUAAUUACUUUAGUGGAAGGAAGCCUGCAGAGUUGGUGCAGAUGGCCAUCCUCAGUCUCUGCUCCCAGCUGAAGGAUGAUGCUGUAGCUUUGGUGGAUGUAUUGGCACCUACCGAUUUUAUCCUCAACUCACCACUUGGAAAUGCUGAUGGACAGCUUUACAAGAACUUGUGGUCCACAGUGAUGCAGGGCGGUCAAGUUCUGGAGCGCCCGUCCUGGUGGAAAGAGUUCUGCUCAGACAAACCUGUGGUCGGAUCCCUGCGUCCAAAACUCUAGAGACUCUGUCUGGAGACAGAGAGACGUCUGUGGACCCACAGUGUCUGGGUUUUAAGCAUUAACAAGCUAAAUAAUCAUCAGAUCACAAAUCAAAACAUUUAAUGAGGUUGAAGGAUCCGUUUUUUUCAAGUUUAUUACAUUCUAAACUCUGGAUUAGAUGAAAUAAUUAUCAUUAAUUACAGCAGUGGUUCCCAACUUGGGGUCCGGGUACCCCCAAUGAGGUCCCUUAAAGAACACAGGGGGUCUCUGAGGCUUUGAACAUUCAGUCAUCGUGAUCAGUGUCAACACAAUGGCCCUCAUUUAUCAAACGUACAUGGAAAUGAGCACACAUCUGAUGGCAGGGAUGAUCUUAUGAUUGGAUCCAUGUGUAAUUUAUAAAACAUUCGUAUCCGACAGAUCCCAGUGUAGGAAUGAUCAGGCCUUGAUCAAUGCAACAGCUGAAAUCCAUAGUCCUUUACAUGUUAUGCCCUUAAUUAUUUGUGGUCCAGAGGCCUCACCCAGUGAGGUCAAACCAAGGAGAGGAGACGUUCUGGCAAGAAGAUGGAAAGCCUCACUUGUGACCAAGCAUGGUUUCAGCACAGAGUGGUGCAGGGGGUCCAUGAAGGGGGUCCUCAGUGAAAAUAGUUUGGGAACCACUGAAUUCCAGCUUUCUGCCUUGAUGUCAUUCUUGUUUUCUUUGUUCAUCAACUCAAGCUGCAUGUCUUCACCAGUGUGUUAAAUAACAGGCUUCAUUUUUAUCACCGCUCUUAUAAAUGAAGCUGGAAAUACCCAUAAGCCAUUAGGGUGUUUUGUUUUUUCAGCUCUGACAUUGUUUCUUGACUUCUGUAGAAGCGAGAGGUGGAUGUAAAAAGCUCUAAAUUCAUCAGAUCUCCUCGUGUUGGACUGGUUUUUUAGAUGCGGUUUUAUCGUUAAUGUAGUUUUAGGUAUAACAGUUAAAUAUUCAUUUCAAACCCAUAAAAUUUCCUCCUACAUCCUGUAACUGAUCAGUUCUUUUAUUGUUUUCAAGCUUCAGUCUCAUUUUAAAUUACGAUUAAAACAGUAAUCCAUCGUUUUUUAUAAGGGAAGAAUCUCACUGAGGAACUGUGGCUGAAUCAGGGUGAAAAUGGUGAAGGAAGGUUUUUCUUUGCCUUGAAUGGUUGCAGAUGUGUUGUCAGCAUUAUCAGCGGUGAUGCAGGACAAUCAGCUGCUGGAGCGUCUCCUGCUGGAAAGAAAUUCAGAUUUGAAGAUUUUAAUCUGAAUAGGUGUUUAAUUUGACAUGUCGAUGACUGGAACAGAGAUAUUUGUGAAUGUUUUUAUUAUUCUGAGAUGUGUCCUGUACACAUGUAUAAUACAAUGUAAUUAAUGCAAAUUCCCUCUGGGAUAAAGUAUUUUUCAUUUCUUUUAAUAAAAAAUGUAUGAUUACA